GCAACACAUCUCACUCUUCGUUUUACCUUAAAAACGUUUCUAUCUGUCAAUAUGCAAUUCACUACUGCCAUCGCUCUUCUUCUCAGCGCCGCCACUGGUGCCAUUGCAGCUCCCGGUGGUAGCUGGGGCCAUCCUGCUCCACCACCACCUCCCCCCCCUCCCCCCCCUCCCCCUCCUCCUUCUCAGCCCCAGAACGUGGGCACCAACACCAACACCCAGUCCAACUAUUGUGGCAAUGGUGCCGCGCCCUACUGCUGCAACGCUGUAACCUCUGCACUUGGUGAAAGCUACGUUGAGUGCUCCGGCGCCGGCGGUACCUGCAAUUCUAUUACUGUUUGCUGCAGUAACAACAACCAAAACAACAAUCAGCAGGGAAACAACAACAGCGAGGACAACGGCAGUGGCAACCAGUCGUGCAGCGCCUUUGGAUCACAGAAAGUGGUGUACAUUUAAAUUUGUCUGCAUAAGUCUGAGACCUGCAGCUAUCUUAUUGACAUGUCUUCUAGUCUUAUAAGAUAUGCCCAGCCUAUUUUGUCAGCCAUGGAUUCAGGUUCAAAAUUGUGAGAUUGUGUGUUGAAAAGGGGAAUUUGGUUCUUUUCUAUUUGGGUCGUAAGACAGCUCUCACCAAGUUGUCUUUACUUCCCACCUACUUUCUUUAAGACUAUUUUGGCCGAAAUAGUUUAUUCACAAUAAAAAAGAAUUGGUUUAAUUCUCAAACUGAUAACAUUGGACCCUGCA